AUGUCGGUCUGGAUCAAUAACACCAACCGAACGGAGCUCGGUGAGCGCGCGGACCCGGCGGAGGCGCACUGGCACGCGCUGUUCGGCGCGUGUCUCGCGCUGGCGGUGAUGAUCUGCGCGGGCGGCUUGUUCUCGCUCGCGUGCGUGCUCAGGACGCGACACCGGUCCGCCGUGUGCCUCGUGGUGGGCGCGCUGUCCGUGGACGAUCUCGUGUGCGUGGCCGCUCUGUGUCUGACCGUCGCGCCGCAGUGGAGGAACGACCGGGACACCGGCUCCGCGUGCACCGCGUCCGGUGUGCUGUACGUCUUUCACGGGCUCGCGAGCAACGCCAAAGCCUGCCUGAUCGUGGCGCACGUGCUGCACGCGACCGAGCGCUGUCACGGAGCGCGUGGGCGCGUGCUGGGCGCGCUCUCGCUGGUCUGGGUGCUGAGUCUGAUCGCGAGCGCGCUCCCGCUGUGCGGAUGGGGUCGUUACGGGCGCGCGUCGGUCGGCUGCCUCCCGCGGAGCGACGGCCCGUUCGCGCCGUUCCUGUUCGCUCUGUACGCGCUGUGCGCCGCCGGACUGGUCAGGUGCGCGGUUCCUCUGGCUCCGCGGCUCCUGUGCUCCGCAGACGCGGUCCAGCCUGAGAGCUUCACCUCCUCCCUGUCCCGGGAAAGUCUGGAGCGGAGUUUCGGUGGAUUCGGGUCGAAUCCCACAGGUCUGAGGAGUAGAAGCGAGACCUGCUCGUGCUCGUCACCUGUCAGUGAGGCGCGCUUUGGGAAUAAGGACUGUGCCGCCAGGAUCUUCGCUCAGAAACGCUUCUCUGUUAUUCUGGCCAUAACCAGAGUCCUCAUGUGGAUGCCAAUGAUGACGCAGAUCCUCGUCAGCCACAUCGUCCGGGUGAACGGCUCGCCCGCCGAGACGCCGUGUUUCCUCCUGACGCUGCUGUCGGCCGCUAUCAACCCGCUCUUCUUCCUGUCCGAGCGCUGGAUCCAUCUUCCCUGCGGCUGCUUCAUCGACUGCGGCCGGGGCGUCGGCUCCGUCUCCUCCGCUGUGCACAAACGGAGGUUCGAAUUCAACCUUUCCUUCCAGCACGGUUACAGCGUGUACCGGAUACCCCACCCCACCUCCCCCGCGGUGCAGAAGCCCUCCUACAGCAGCCUGUACGACUGCGACUUCUCCAAAAGCAGAGUCGCCGUGCUGAGCAGCGGCCAGAUCACCAGCCUCGCCUCCCACGACCUCGCCAGGACGGCGGUGGAGGAGAACGCCCCCGCCCUUCACGCCAAGCUGCUCCUGGACGGCGCGUCCCACCGGGUCAGGACCGACGCCCGAGGGCAGGCUAACGGAGCGGAGCGGGACGGGUUCGGGAAGGUCUCUCCUCCUCCGACGGCCCGUGACGGGGAGGACCUCAACCUCGACUCGUCCUCGGUGUUUGACGGUCCGGAGAGGAGGCUCUCUCACGAGGAGUGUAGGAAGAUCGAGCUGAGCGACUGGGAGUGGUGCAGGAGCAAAUCGGAGAGGACGCCCAGACAGAGGUCGGCAGGUGGGUUGGCGAUCCCUCUCUGUGCUUUUCAGGGCACCGUGUCCCUCCAGGCCCCCACCGGUAAAACCCUCUCACUGUCCACGUACGAGGUGAGCAGCGACGGCCUCAAAAUCUCCCCCAACAACGCCAAGAAGGUGGAGGUGUACCGCUCCAAAUCCGUCGGCCACGAGCCCAGCGCCGAGGAGUCCGGCUCGGCCGGUCGUACCGGGGGCGGCGUCGCCGACACCAACGUGAGGAUCCACCUGGAGGUCCUGGAGAUCUGCGACAACGAGGAGGCCAUGGACAGCGUGUCCAUCAUUUCCAACAUCAGCCAGUCGUCGGCACACGCCCGGUCGCCGUCGCUCCGGUACUCCCGCCGCGAGAACCGCUUCGUGUCGUGCGAGCUGGGCGAGACGGCCUCGUACUCGCUGCUGAUCCCCGGCUCGAACCCGGACACCGACGGCCUGAACAUUCACAUCCCCGACACGGUGGAGGCUCACCGACAGAACAGCCGGCGCCAGAGAGGCGACGAGGGCGGCUACAGGGAGGAGAUCCAGCUUCUCAACGAGGUCUACAGGAAACAGGAAGGAGAACUGGAGAACUGA